AUGGCAGAAGAUUGCUCUCUGGGGACUGCACUCUCUCAGACCCCCUCACCAGACUCCGCCCACCAAGGGCACUGCCACCUCACCCACCAGGCGGACCUUCAGUGCGGAAGGAUCAGCGUUGUGAAGAUGUGGAGCUGGGUUUUCCCUGUGGCUGUCCUGCUGUCCUCAGUGCACCAGGCUGAAGCACAAGGCAGGUGUAAUAAUGUUGGAGCAGCAGACAUAGUGUUCCUGAUAGAUGGCUCAUCAAGUAUCGGCAGGGCCAACUUCCUGCAAGUCAAGGGCUUCAUGGCUGGCAUCGUCAAGCCCUUCGCCAGCUCUGUGGGCCAAUCAGGGAUCCGCUUCGGGGCCGUGCAGUACAGCGACACCUCUAGGGUGGAGUUCACCUUCACCACCUACCUGAAUGGCACUGAGCUGGUCAGCGCUGUGGAGAACCUCAACUACAAGGGGGGAAACACUCGCACCGGUGCCGGCCUCAAAUUUGUCGCUGACAACUUUUUCAACCCCACCUCCAUCCGGAACGUCUCAAAGGUCUGUAUACUGAUCACAGAUGGAAAGUCUCAAGACAAUGUAAGGGACCCAGCUCAGAAGCUACGGAGUCUGGGAGUGGAGAUGUUUGCAGUGGGUAUAAAGAGUGCAGACCAGACUGAGUUGGCUCUGAUAGCCACUCCUCCUCAGAGAGACUACACAUUCUUUGUGGGGGACUUUAAGCUGCUCAACACACUGCUCUCCCUGGUGGGCCCGCGUGUGUGUUCCAGCUCAGGUGGAGUCUACGCUAGCGAUGAGGCCUUUUCCGGUCCCUCUAACCUCCAGUUCUCAAGCCAGACCUCUGAUUCGCUCAGGAUCCGGUGGACUCCCGCAGGGGGGCCUGUGAGUGGCUAUGUGGUGCAGUACACACCCCUUUCUGGCCUGGGCCAGCCAAUCACAGCGGAGCUGCAUCAGGAGACAGUGUCUGCAGGUCAGAGGAGCUUUGUGGCCAAAGAGCUGAAGUCAGGGACAGACUACCUGGUGACGAUCAUCACCCAAUACCCCAACAGUGUGGGAGAGCCUGUGUUUGCCAAGGCACGAACCAGUGAGUACACAGAGCGGGUCGGACAGAGGGAGAAUGGGAGGGAGGGGGUAGGAGAGAUGAGAUGA